UCAGUCCUCCACUUCUUCCCGUUUAGGCGUUUUUCACACAGCGACGGACCGGCGGCCACUGGCAGAGACACAACGAAACGGACUCCCACAACACAUUUAGGAUUUUAACCCGCUUUAGUUUAAAUUAAAUAUUUAAGAGGCAAAUAUGGCAACUGAAAACAUGGAAAUGAACGGAGAUGCCGACGGAGAGGUUCCACACCUUAGGGGCAGGAAUCACAGGGCGACGGGGGGUGCUCUGAACAUGAACCACUACGCCAAUAAGAAGAGUGCAGCAGAGAGCAUGCUGGACGUGGCAUUACUCAUGGCCAACGCCUCCCAGCUGAAGGCUGUCCUGGAGCAGGGCCCAGGUUUCACCUUCUACAACCCUCUCAUCACCCUCAUCUCCAUCUCCCUCAUCCUGCAGGUCACUGUGGGCAUCCUGCUAAUCUUCAUCGUAAAGUGGAACGUGAACGAUGAGAGCAUGCACUUCAAGCUAAACAUUAUGGAGAAUGUCACCACAGCACUCGUCUUCAUCAUUGUUGUAGUCAAUGUCUUCAUCACAGCAUUUGGCGUCCAGAAGCCCAACACCAACUCCUAACUGCCCUCACUCCUUACCCAUGGUCAUCAGCUAGUACACAGGCCAGAGAAUUUCAGGGAUCCAGUCUUCCAUAGGCCUCAAGCUAUCAGGUUCUCUGUUACGUCAAAGACAAUGGAUAGAUCAACUCUACAGGACUCACACUGGCCUUUUAUAUCCACAGCCAGUCAACAUUUCAGAGGCAAUUACAAACUCAGAGUUCACCAUCUUUGUCUUUGUCUUUCUAUAUUAAUUUCUCAGGAUCUCAAUCAGAUUCUCAGUUGCAUUAUCAAGCUCAGAAUUGGUCAACUUUGUCUUCCCCUGGUCAUUUACCCUACUUCAUGAUGUCACGUCACACACUUCAUCAGUUGCUAUUUACAUGCUGUGAGAACAUUACAUUGUUCAAAUGACCAAUGCCGUUCAUUUAUUGCCUUUUCAAAUAUGAUCUACAGGGUUAUUUUAUACAUAUCCCAGAGCCGCUCGUGGUGACUUUGUUCUAGAAAUACUUGAUGUACACACCCAGCUGCUGCGCACGCGUGUGUUUGUGCACACGCGCAAGAGUCGGUCUGCUUUCAGCACUGUACAAAACCAAUAUUUUUAUAUUUUUACCACCCUAGCUAAAACCCAAAGCACAGCUGUCUUAACUGCUAUCGUUAAUGCAGUAGAGGUUUACAGAUGUUUUUGGACUUCAGCUUAUCUGGGUGUGUUGUAAACGCAGUGGUGAAAAGUACUUAAUUAAAAAUACUUUAAAGUAAUACCUAAGUAGUUUUUUGGGGUAUCUGUACAUUACUAUUUAUAUUUGACAACUUUUACUUCACUACAAUCCUAAAGAAAAUAAUGUACUUUUUACUCCAUACAUUUUCCCUGACAUCCAAAAGUACUUAUAUUUUGAAUGCUUAGUAGGACAGAAAAUGAUCCAAUUCACACACAAAAGAACAACCCUAAUCAUCCCUACUGCCUCUGAUCUGGUGGACUCACUAAACACAAAUACUUCAUUUGUAAAUGAUGUCCGAGUGUUGGUGUGCUCCUGGCUAUCCGUAAAUUACAAACAGAAAAUUGUGCUGUCUGGUUUUCUUAAUAUAAGGAAUUUUAAAUUGGACUUUUAAUAUAUUUUAGCAAUUACAUUUACUGUUGAUACUUAAGUAUAUUUAAAACCAAAUACUUUUACUCAAGUAGUAUUUUGCUGGGUGACUUUCACUUUUACUUUAGUCAUUUUCUAUUAAGGUAUCUUUACUUUUACUCAAGUAUGACAAUUGGGUACUUUUUCCACCACUGUGUAAAUGCUUUGCCCACAGCCCCAUGCUAAACAUGUGUACAUCAUUGUACAGCAGAGAGGAGCGGAUAUAAUCAGAGUCCUGUAUGAGCCUGGGCCUACAUAUCGUGUGUGUAUAUAUAUAUAUAUAUAUAUAUAUAUAUAUAUAUUUAUAUAUUCAGGCAGUACUGUACAGUACAGUUUACAGUCGAUAAGGGUUAAACAAUUCAAGUAACUAUCCCAAAAUAACCAGGUAAGUUACCAGACUUUUGCAACCUAACAGUCAACAAACCUCAACUUGGUAUCAGAGGGGACUGUGCAUGCUGCCUUAUAUAUGUAAUCUCAGAUCUGUCAGAUACAGUAUGUAUAGUUAGAUUUUAAAUGUACAUGUAUAUACACCACAGGAUGCUGCUGAGGGGAGGACGGCUCAUAAUAAUGGCCGGAAUUGAGUGAAUGAAAUCAAACAUAUUUGACACCAUCACACUCAUUCUGCUCCAGCCAUUAGCACGAGCCCUUCCUCCACAAUUAAGGUGCCACCAACCUCCUGUUAUAUAUGGUACAAAAUAUUAAAGGACACCUUCCUAAUAUGUAUGGAGUUGCCUACUCCCCACUCUUUGAAUGGUACACAUACAUGUCUCAAUUGUCUCAAAACUUUAAAAUGAUUCUUUAACCUGUCUCCUCCCUUCAUCUACACUGAUUGAAGUGAAUUGAAGUGACAUCAAUAGGGGAUCAUAGCUUUCACCUGGUCAGUCUAUGUCAUGGAAAGAGCAGAUGUUCAUAAUCUUUUGUACACUCAGUGUAUAUAUUUGUGUUGGAAGUGUGUAUGCCAUGCCUCGUUUAGCCUUGACAGUAUAAUAGUUUUUUUUACAUUCUCUUAGGCCUUUUCUAUUUUUGUAAAUUAAGGACCAAAUAAUUUAACCCCACUUAAUAUACGUUGUUUUUUUAUGCACUAUAUGCAGUAGAACACUUUACUAUUCUGAAAUGAAGUUUGUGAAUAAAAUACAACAGUUUGUUCAGA